AUGAGAAUCCUGAUAUUCCUGUUGGGAACAGUGCUGCUUCCCAGUUUUGUUUCGCUUCAAGCGCCGCAAGAGCUGGACGCCGAUACCAGAAAAUACUUGGAUUAUAUCGUCAAAAAAGCCACUGAAGAUAUCGACAACAACACAGUCGAUUGGUUGAAAAGGAUCGUGAGCCCCAAUGAUACGCAGAUAAGCACCGAAAGUUCUGCGAGGACCUCCGUUCCUGUAACACCUACCAUAGACAGCUCCACGGACAAGCUUUUGAGCAAAUCCAAUUUACCCUCUGAUCCUGAUCUAGAAGAGGACUUUGAAGACAGCGAAAAAUGUGUGACGGAUGACGGUUCGGACGGUCUCUGUGUCAGGUACCACCAGUGCGAUGACAGAGGAUUAAUAGAUAACACCACGCUUAUAGACUUGAGGGCUGCUAUGUGUCGCCAUUACCUUAUGAAAUGCUGUUUGCAAUCGGAAGCCCACAAGCAACCGAAGAAGGACAAACCGCUACCACCGCAAUCUGAAUGUGGCUGGAGUAACCCAGACGCAAGCAUCCUCCGUAUCAAAAACCAGUACAACAUCAAUAAAAAAACAUACGCCGAUUACGGGGAAUUCCCUUGGAUGGUUGCUUUGAUCAAGAAGGACGAUAGUGCUGACUGGUCGCAGAAGAAUUACCUAGGUGGAGGUACCAUCAUACAUCCGUCCGUGGUGGUCACUGCUACUCACAAAAUCUCUCUCCACAGCAGAUUUAAACAGAUAUUUCUCGUUUGUCAGAUAAAAUGUCGGGCUGGAGAGUGGGACACGCAGACAGAUCUUGAGCUAUAUCCAUAUCAGGAGCGGGAUAUAAAGAAGGUCAUCACCCAUGAGGAGUACUAUAUGACACCGGCGUACAACGAUAUCUCUCUUCUGAUAUUGGAAAAGCCGUACAACUUGACGGACGCACCCCACAUUGGCGUAGCGUGCCUCUCACCUGACCUGCCUACUCCAGGCACGCAAUGCUUUAGUAUGGGCUGGGGAAAGGAGUUCCAGAAGAAGAACGAGUACGCUGUUAUUUUGAAAAAGGUUCAGCUGCCGUACGUACCUUUCGAAGAGUGCCAAGCUUCCCUAAGGAAAACAAGGCUGUCCGCACGGUACAACCUACAUCCGUCCCAUAUUUGCGCCGGCGGUGAAGAAGGUGUCGAUACCUGCAAAGGGGACGGUGGGUCUUCUCUUGUGUGUCCUAUCAUGGAGACAGGUGAAACAACAAGGUAUGCUGUUUAUGGAAUGGUGGCAUUUGGGAUCGGUUGUGGUAAGCCGAUUCCUGCUGUUUACGUCAACAUUCCUCAUCUGUACCGUUGGAUAGGAGCGAAGAUGUUAGAAGAACGCCUUGAACGUUUUUCUUAUAGAUAUUAA